AAUGACUUGAAAUGACUUUUGUGUACGUUGACGGUACAUAAUUACGAUGUUUUGAGCUAAUUUUUAUAGAUUUUUUUAAUUAUUUUUAAUUUAAUUUAUAAUGCUCUACAAUUUUGUAUACAUUGUUUUUAUGUAUACUUCUAACUGUAUUAUCUGAAACCAAUGUGAUUUGUUUAAAAAUUAUAUUCAGUAUCGGGAUACGUCAUUGUCGGCUCCGGGGCCUGAACAAGCCUACUGAAGUAAAGGAUGAUAUGUAGACGCUGUCAGCGGUCUCUCAGGAGCGGCGAAGGUCUCAAAUGUGGGAUUUGUGAAUCUUGUUUCCAUAUGAGAUGUGUCAGUGAUUCUGUGAAAGACCAUCGCGAGAGCGGAGAUAGAGGUUACCAAUGGAAGUGUUCUCUCUGUCAGAACUACGUGAGCACACAUGCCAGCGGCUCAGAUUUAAGCAGUAAAGAGAAGGAUCACGCUGGGUUAAUGGCGGCUGUUAGUGCCAUAAGCGAAAAGUUUGAACUUGUGAAUAAAAUUCAACUGCCGAAAUUAAACAGCGAACUAGCACAGAUUAAAAGUGUCGCAGAUCGGAUUGUCCAACAGAAUGACGACAUACUACGGAAAAUAAAUGAAAUUGAAGAGAAAAGAAAGAACGAAAAACAUUAUUGUACGACGAAUACAAGAUACAGAAGAAGGAAUAUUAGCCUAACACCUAAACCUAGUCCACAAGCGGAAACUAAGGAAGAAAUACCACUAUCAAUCACAGAAAAAAAUGUGAGGUAUAGAACGCGGAGACGGUCGUAUCUGUUGCACAGAAUAUUUAUCAUAUUAAACAGAAAAAUGAAGAGAACUCAGCCUUCUAAAAAGUAACAGGUUCAGUGAGCGUUCCAAUAAAAAUAUCUUCC